GUUCAUCCUCCCAACUCCGCUUUAUAUUCCUACUAUUAUGAUUCCAUUGACAUAGCCUGGACUGGGACUGAAUCAAAAAUCAACCUUUGUCUCCCCUUGCAAUCGGCAAUAAAGGAGGGACAACAGGAAAACAAUGGCGGCCAUGGCUUCCUUUAUCAUCAAGACACCAAUCCAGUCUAACAACCCUUUCCCCAAAACCCACCGAAUCAAUUUCCCUAUUGUCUCCCCUGUCUCCUACUCCUCCUACAAAAAGAAACCGAUUCCAAAGUCGAUUCGUAUCUCUUGCGGUUUGAUUGAACCAGAUGGAGGCAAGCUCGUUGAGCUUGUCGUUCCCGAAUCCCAGAGAGAUGUUAAGAAGCGGGAAGCCAUGUCUUUGCCCAAAAUCAAGCUCUCCAGGAUCGAUCUGGAAUGGGUCCAUGUGCUCAGCGAAGGCUGGGCUAGUCCGUUAACCGGGUUCAUGAGAGAAUCCGAGUUCCUCCAAACUCUUCAUUUUAACUCGCUCCGAUUAGGAGACGGGUCAAUCGUCAAUAUGUCCUUGCCAAUCGUCCUGGACAUUGACGAUUCUCAAAAGAAUCGGAUUUCCGGUUCCACAUCUGUUGCCCUCAUUGACUCUUCUGAUAACCCGAUUGCUAUUUUGAACAAUAUUGAGAUCUACAAGCACAACAAAGAAGAAAGAAUAGCAAGAACAUGGGGAACCACUGCCCCUGGUCUCCCAUAUGUUGAAGAAGCCAUAACAGGCGCAGGAGAUUGGCUGAUUGGUGGUGAUCUUGAAGUCAUUCAGCCAAUCAAAUACAAUGAUGGUCUUGACAAAUACAGACUUUCCCCUUCUGAACUUCGGGCGGAAUUCACCAAACGGAAUGCUGAUGCCGUCUUUGCUUUCCAGCUCAGGAAUCCAGUUCACAAUGGUCAUGCUCUUUUGAUGACUGACACAAGGCGAAGGCUUCUUGAAAUGGGAUAUAAGAAUCCUGUUCUUUUGCUUCAUCCACUUGGGGGAUUCACUAAGGCAGAUGAUGUUCCACUUAGCUGGCGUAUGAAGCAACAUGAGAAGGUGCUUGAAGAUGGUGUUCUUGAUCCAGAAAACACAGUUGUGUCGAUAUUUCCAUCUCCAAUGCACUAUGCGGGGCCCACUGAGGUGCAGUGGCAUGCCAAGGCUCGGAUCAAUGCAGGUGCUGACUUUUACAUAGUGGGCCGUGAUCCAGCUGGCAUGAGUCAUCCAGUUGAGAAAAGGGAUUUAUAUGAUGCUGAUCAUGGAAAGAAAGUACUUAGCAUGGCACCUGGACUUGAACGCCUAAACAUUCUUCCUUUCAAGGUGGCAGCUUAUGACAAGACAAAGCAGAAAAUGGAAUUCUUUGAUCCCUCCAGACCUCAAGAUUUCCUCUUCAUCUCGGGUACCAAGAUGAGAGCACUUGCAAAGAACAAAGAAAACCCUCCAGAUGGAUUUAUGUGCCCUGGUGGUUGGGAAGUGUUGGUUGAUUACUAUGAUAGUUUGGCUGCAAAUGACUCUGGUUCAAGGCUAUGUUUGUUCAUAAUUGUGUGGAUUGUUUUGUUUUAG